GGGCUCGGCGGGCCAUUGGCUCGUGGUCGCGGCAAAGGCAGCUUGAGGACUAGAAGAGCGAGCGGGGCCCGCGGGCCGGGCCGGGGACGACCUGGGCUGAAGCCAUGGAGGACCAGAGGGAGGCGCUGCGGAAGAUCAUUACCACCCUGGCUGUGAAGAAUGAAGAGAUUCAAAGCUUCAUCUACUCCCUCAAGCAGAUGCUGCUGAACGUGGAGGCAAACUCCACCAAGGUGCAGGGGGACCUGGAGGCCGAGUUCCAGUCCCUCUUUUCCCUCCUGGAGGAGCUGAAGGAGGGCAUGCUCAUGAAGAUAAAGCAGGACCGGGCCAGCCGCACCUACGAGCUGCAGAACCAGCUGGCCGCCUGCACUCGGGCCCUGGAGAGCUCAGAGGAGCUUCUGGAGACAGCCAACCAGACCCUGCAGGCCACAGACAGCAACGACUUCCCUCAGGCUGCCAAGCAAGUCAAAGAUGGUGUGACAAUGGCCCCUGCCUUCCGGCUGUCAUUGAAGGCCAAGGUGAGCGACAACAUGAGUCACCUCAUGGUGGACUUCGCGCAGGAGCGGAGGAUGCUACAGGCACUCAAGUUCCUACCUGUGCCCAGCACCCCUGUGAUUGACCUGGCCGAGUCCCUGGUAGCAGACAACUGCGUGACCUUGGUGUGGCGCAUGCCGGACGAGGACAGCAAGAUUGACCACUACGUGCUGGGGUACCGGCGGACCAACUUCGAGGGCCCGCCCCGUCUGAAGGAGGAGCAGCCCUGGAUGGUCAUCGAGGGCAUCCGGCAGACGGAGUACACGCUGACUGGUCUCAAGUUUGACAUGAAAUACAUGAAUUUUCGUGUGAAGGCCUGUAAUAAGGCGGUCGCAGGCGAGUUCUCCGAGUCAGUGACCCUGGAGACACCAGCGUUCAUGUUCCGCCUGGAUGCGUCCACAUCUCACCAGAACUUGCGGGUGGAUGACCUCUCCGUGGAGUGGGACGCCAUGGGCGGGAAGGUGCAGGACAUCAAGGCUCGAGAGAAAGACGGCAAGGGGCGGACCGCGUCUCCCGUCAACUCCCCAGCGAGAGGUGUGCCAUCCCCCAAGAGGAUGCCCUCGGGUCGUGGGGGUCGGGACCGCUUCACGGCUGAGUCCUACACGGUGUUGGGGGACACGCUGAUCGACGGUGGGGAACAUUACUGGGAGGUGCGCUACGAGCCGGACAGCAAGGCGUUCGGCGUGGGGGUGGCAUACCGCAGCCUGGGCCGCUUCGAGCAGCUGGGCAAGACGGCCGCGUCCUGGUGCCUGCACGUCAACAACUGGCUGCAGGUCAGCUUCACCGCCAAGCACGCCAACAAGGCCAAGGUGCUGGAACCCCCCGUGCCCGACUGCCUGGGUGUGCACUGCGACUUCCACCAAGGCCUCCUGUCCUUCUACAACGCCCGUACCAAACAGCUGGUGCACACGUUCAAGGCCAAGUUCACACAGCCCGUGCUGCCUGCUUUCACAGUGAGAACCCUUCCGCGGCGGGGAGGGGAGAGGUGGGGCUGGGGGCUGGCUCUGCUCCUGCGCUCGCCCGCUCCCCUCACCGGUCCCCGGUCCCCAGGUGUGGUGCGGCAGCUUCCAGGUGACGACAGGCCUGCAGGUCCCCAGCUCUGUGCGCUGCCUGCAGAAGCGGGGCAGUGCCACCAGCAGCUCCAACACCAGCCUCACCUAGGCCACUGGACCGCCCGCCCGGCCCGGCUGAGUUUGGGGAGCCCCCCCCCAGGCCUUGGUUGUUUCAGCCGACACCUUCUUCUCACUUUGCUGCUUGGAGCCUUAACUCCUGAUUGGGGGGGUCACCAAUGGGGAGCGGGCACCAGGGCGGGCCCUCGUCCCCACCUCACCUCCUAAUAAAAGUCAAUCACUGGCCAGGCCGUGCUGAUGGUUCUUUGGGGCUGGCUGGCACUGAGUAUGCCCCAAACCUCUCUGGACCUCAGCUUUCCUGGCUGUAAAAUGGGCCUUUCUUGUAGGAUCAGGUGGCAGGUUUUGCUAAGCAAGUGGGGCCUGCUGUGGGCAGCAUCUGACAGACGCUCACGGC